UGUCAGUGGCGUUCUUCAUUCUUGACUAACCAAACAACACACAGUGAGAUGAGGCGAACAAUAUCCACAACCUGUACUCUGGCGUUUCUUUUCCAUCAUGCUGACACAGAGCGCGCACAUUUGGGGUUGUUUUGAUGCUUGAUAGUAUUUGGUGACCAGCAAUCCCUCCGCUCUCUUGCAUAUCUGUGAACAAAUGUGCAUUUUUGCACGUGUUAGAUGCAGAUUGUUUGACGCUCACCGGAUCAAUGAGAGAAGUUAGGAGCCGGCGGUUCUUUUUAACUUGUUGCGCGGUGAUGCAAGUGUACUCUUGCGCAAGAGAAUGAUUCAUGAGCUAGUUAUUAUACAUAUCAUUUCUUCUUCGAGCUGUGCGACUGGCAAAAGUUGCUUUAGGAUGGGCUCAAGGAACGAGAUCCAUUCUCAACCUGCCGUACAGUCUGCGCAAUUAAGUUAAAUUGGACUACCGGAGCUACCCAAAGACCCAUAUCAAGAGUUGGAUGUGGAUGUUCUUGGGUGUAAAUACAGAGUAAAAUUAGAUUGAUUUCCUAACCAACUAAUCCUGGAGAUGUCGGAGUCUUACGAGGACGGGGUGUGCGGGGAUGGAGCUCCGGACUUCAUCCCACCGAGAGCGAUUCGAUCAGGCCGGCGGAGCGGAGUCAGCGUGCCGCUGGUGGAGCGCGAUGAGUCGGCUCUCCUAGACUCGGUGAAAGCGGCACCGAGGAGGAGCAGCAUCAUUAAGGAUCCUUCAGUGGCCAAGGUCAGUGGUGGGAGAAAGAAAACUGUUUCCUUCAGCAGUAUGCCAUCAGAAAAGAAGGUGAGCAGUGCUGCAGAUUGCCUUGCCUUCAUGCAGGGUGGCUGUGAGCUAAAGAAGGUGCGACCUAACUCGCGCAUCUACUCAAGAUUCUACACCCUAGACCCUGAGCUGGCCUGCCUCCGUUGGGAGCCCUCCAAGAAAGAUGGUGACCGAGCUCGACUUGACAUCUCCGCCAUUCGUGAGGUCCGCACAGGGAAAAGCACUGAGACGUUUCUCCACAAUGGCCCAUCGGAUCAUCUCGCUGAAGAAGCGGCCUUCUCCAUCAUUCACGGUGACGAGUAUCAAUCCCUGGACCUGGUUGCUCUCUCUGCUGAUGUGGCCAACAUCUGGGUGACAGGGUUGCGGUACCUGUUGUCUCAUCCUGGCGCCAUUGGUGGAGGGAGUGGAGGGGAUGGAGGGGUGGGAGAGGGAAGUAUUGGGAACAAGAUGAGGCAGAAUUGGUUGGCAGCGGAGUUUGCACUGGUUGAUGAAGAUGGACACGGAAUUGUGUCUGAGGAUACGGCAGUGGCCACCAUCUGUAAACUCUGCCCUGGCAUUAGGGAAGCAAAGGUGCGACUGCGCUUUAAGGAGAUUCAGCGGAGCAAAGAGAAGCUAACCUCUCAUGUCACACUGGAAGAAUUCCAGGAGGCCUACUGCGAGUUGUGUACUCGACCUGAUGUCUAUUUCCUGCUAGUGCAACUCUCUAAAGACCGGGAGUGCCUUGACGCUCAAGACCUGCGUCUUUUUCUGGAGACUGAGCAAGGUCUGUCAUUGGCCACAACUGAGGGCUGCUUGGAGGUUGUUCGCCGCUUUGAGCCCUCUGCACCUGGGCGUGAACGAGGUCUGCUGGGCUUGGAUGGCUUUACGCGUUACCUACAGUCAGCAGAGUGUCAGUUGUUAGACCCUGAGCACCAGAAUGUGUGCCAGGACAUGAAGAUGCCCCUUUCUCAUUAUUUCAUCAGUGCCUCCUACCGUUCCUACCUGCUGGAUGACCAAGUGCAUGGCCGGGCUGAUCUAGGGGGUCUCAUUCGAGCCCUGCAGGCUGGCUGUCGGUGUCUGGAGCUUGGAGUUACCGAUGGGCCAGAAGGGGAGCCACUAUUGGGUGUAGACCAUGGUACAGACGGAAAGCAUCAUCACCACCACCAUCAUCAUCACCACCAUCACCAUCAUGGUUCUGUUACUCUGCGUAGUGCUCUGGAAGUAGUCAACAAGUAUGCUUUUCUCACCUCCCAGUAUCCUCUCCUGCUGUAUCUGUGUCAGCGUUGCUCACCUCCCCAGCAACGUACUCUUGCACAACAUCUAAAAAAGGUUUUUGGAACCAAGCUCUAUACCCCUGAAUCUCUGCCAGUCAGUCUAGGAGGUCGUGCAACCACUCUUCCCUCUCCAGAGCAGCUAAAGGGGAAGGUGCUUCUUGUUGGAAAGAAGCUACCCCCAGAAGAGGAAGGUUCUGAAGGUGAGGUAUCUGAGGAGGAUGAGGAGAUUGGUGGUGGUGGUCCUCUGGCUGGCAGAAGGAUGACUAUCCCUGGGGAAGAGGAACUGGGAGUGGUCCUUGUUGUUCCCCCACCCCCACAGCCAAGGCGUCUCCGCUUGCGGCGUGAAUUGUCCGAUCUCGUCGCAGUUGCUCGCACCGGAAGUCGUAACUUUUACGCCCACCGGACAAGUGCACAGCCAUCCCAGCAACAUUCUCCUCCCUCCACUCCUUCUACACCAGGUACACCUAUGACUCUUGAUCCCCCUUACUGGACCUUGUGCUCUCUUGGGGAAGGAGAGGCAGGACGGCUGGCCAGCGAGAGCCCGGAGGAGCUGGUGAACUUUACCAAGCGCAAUCUAACUCGUGUGCGACCCAGUUCUGUAAGACUAGACUCCAGCAACCCAAACCCACAAGGCUACUGGAAAGGAGGUGUGCAGCUGGUGGCACUCAACCAGCAGACUCCAGGUGCCAUGCUAGAUCUGACCCGUGGCCGUUUUAUGCAGAACGGUGGGUGUGGGUAUGUUCUCCGUCCUGCAGUCAUGCGAGAGGAGGUUUCCUACUUCAGUGCCCAGUCACAAGGCUGCGUUCCUGGUGUACCACCACAAACACUCAGGGUCAAGGUCAUUAGUGCCCAUAGUCUACCCAAGCCACAAGGCUCUGGUGCCAAAGGUGAGGUCAUCGACCCAUAUGUGGUGCUGGAGCUGCACGGAGUGCCUGCAGACUGCACAGAGCAGAGAACUCGCACUGCUGCCCAGAACCAGGAUGACCCCCUGUUUGACGAAACCUUUGAGUUUCAGGUGAACAUGCCUGAACUAGCCCUGCUGCGCUUUGUAGUUCUGGAUGAUGAUUAUAUAGGCGAUGACUUUAUUGGCCAGUACACCAUCGCUUUUGAGUGUCUACAGCCUGGUUACCGCAAUGUGCCCCUGCUGGGCCUCGCUGGAGACCCUUUGCCCCACGCCAGCCUGUUUGUACACAUCGCCAUCACUAACCGCAGAGGUGGGGGAAAGGCCCAGAGACGGGGUCUGUCGGUCAGGAGAGGAGUACGGCGUGGACGAGAGUACGUCACUCUGCGUAACACGGGCAUCAAAGUGCUGGAUGACACUUUCCGCCCAGCCAGCGGACCUUUGCGAGAGGCUACAGACCUGCGAGAGGAUGCACUGAGUGCCACAGUGGCUUUUAAGGAACAGUGUGGGCUCCCCCCGAUGGCCACAUUGAAGCAGUGCAUCCAGAGUUUGUCCACAAGGCUGCAGGGUCCAGAUGGGCCCCCAGGUGCCACACUCACUCUGAAGGAAGGUUACCCAUGCCUGGAACCUGUGGGCAACUUGACUGAUGCCACUCGUAAACUGCUAAAUGGUUAUGACACGAUGAUCUCUGCUAACAAACAGCUGAUAGAAAAUGCAGAUGGAGUGCACGAGAGAAUCGCACAAGUGCAAAAGGAAGGAAUGGUGUUUCAUGAAGACUUGCCCAGGUUGGGAGAAAAGGAAAAUCUGAAAGGCCGUAAACAAAGUAAAGCUUUGGAAAGUUUUACUUGGAACAUCACUGUGCUGAAGGGUCAGUGUGACCUCCUGCGCAGCGCUAAGAUAGAUGCUUUGGAUACACUGCGGCAGCUAGCGUUGGCCUGUGAGGCGUGCGGGCUGAUGUUGACCUCUGACGGUCACUACACCCCUCACAGCCUCUCCUCGAGACGUGGCAGCAGCCACGGCAACGGACGCAUCUGAGCCCCAGAGAUGCGUAGGCAUUAAGAGAGCAUUUAUUCAUAGGUGAAUGAAUGGUUGAAAGUUGGACAGACAGAUGUAUAGGUGUCUCAGAGGCUAGUAGGGACAUUUGUCCUUUACUAAAGUGGGUGCUUGUUCUAACACAGCAUUGACCAGAUGUUAUUUGAGGCCAAAAAUAUGGAAUGUUCUUACCAAGACGUACUGAAUGAAGGACGUAAUCGUGAAUUCCAUAGCGAUAUAAAAUGACUGAUGUCAACAAUGUAGAUUUCGCCGGAAUGAAAAAUGUUCCUGCAAUAUUUAAGAGGACUUUAGUGUCAAGCUAAAGGCUAGCAACGUUCUUUCAAGCAGAAAAAUACACAAGUAAUGUUAAAUACAGAAGACUCAUUAGUCUUUUCCCAAAUUCAUGACAAAACCACCAAAGUGUGAGGUUUGUUUACUCAGGUUAGCACAAACGCAUCUCAGUGCUUUUAGAGGGUCUGACGUUGGUCUGCAUCAUCUUCACUGUGCUGUGACUCAAACUGAUUGACAGGUGAUGCCCACCAGCAGGACGGCACCAUUUCCACCCUUAUCCGAAGUGUAUUGGAUAUAACUGGUGCCUCUCUGUUCAAAGGGAACCAUAUCCUCAUCUUCCGUCUUUACCAGUGACACGGAUCAUCUUGAGCGCAUUAACAAUGCAGAAUGAACUCAAGAAGGCUUUGUUAAAAUACUGCUCAGUGCUCCCUAACAGUGUUAACUGAGCUGGGAAAACAAGUACAGAUUACACCACCAUUAUCCAUGUAUGCGUAUGGAGUUCAGCACCUGGGAUCGGAACAAUGUUACAAAAUGACAAACCACAGUUUAAGUGAAAAGUGACUUUAACAUGCAUUCCUUGGUUUGAUUGACUGAAGGCUUCUGAUGAGUCCACUGGCAUGAUCAUCAUCACGUUGUUUUGUCACAACAAAGACAAACGUCUACUAAACAUGGCAAGAACUGCUGCCGGCUGUUUGAUUAUAAAAAAAACCUAACAGCUUUAAGCACUGGAAGGACUAAAGUACAUCAAAAUCUAACGCGUAAACUGUUUUACAACUUUCAUUGUGUAACAUUUGACAGUGUUGUGAUAGACAAGGAAAACAUUGGCAGUAUUUUGUCCACUGCCGUCAAAGACACUUACAAUAGACUAGUUUUUGAAGUUUGCACCUUUUCUUUUCAUGUUAACAGAGUAACAGAAAUUAGAUAUGUGAGAUUGGAAAACUAUAUAGAUAUAUAUUAUUUUUCUUAUGGUAGAAAAGUGAAAGUGUUGGUACAUUGUGUGCGUAUGUGAACGUACGUGUGCAAGGGUGCUACUGUAAAUGUGUGUGAGAUAUUUCAGUGGUACUUGUUCUGAAUGUGACCAAUCUGAUGCCUGAUCGAUUCGGGCAGUUGUUUUUAAACGAAAACCCGACCGUUGGUUGAUGUCAGAUGUUUUAUUUUAGAAGACCAAAUAAGCAUAUUCACAACAGUGAGUAUGUAUUAAUCGAUAAAGAACGAGAUGAGAAACAGCGUAACAUUUCCACAUAAGCAAAUGUCCUGUUUUGUCUUUCCUUUUUAACUACUUUUAUGUAUUUACGUUUCUCUUCCUUUGUCUGUGCACUUAUUUUCCUGUGCUUUCUUUUUGACUGAAGGGCGAACGAUCCAUGUUCUGUGACAUUUUCUUCUGCGUGUUCACGUCUGAGCUGAAUGUGAUUCCUGAAGUGUUCCUUAAAAAACAAAUUGUUUGCUAAAGAGUGAACAAAAACGUUUUGUGAAUUACAAAAGAGAAUUGUAGAUAUUAUAGACGAUAUUUAGUUUCUAAUACGUGCGUGCAUUUGUAUCACGUAACCCUUGUUCCUUCGGCCCCUGGACCAGCAACCCAGAGGAUCUGUGUACCUGUAAAGGGGCCAAAAUCUAAAUAAUGAAUACCCAUUCACAGUAUUAGCUUUCCGCUCUUGAGACCAAUCAGACAUGCGAAGUGAGUUGUCUCACUUUAGAUGGGUACAAUUACUCUUAGGAGCAAUCGGAUGCAAAUCCGAUGUAUCACUGUCCGUGAGGGUGGAUGACGAGCAAAAUGAACCCCAUUGAGGUGCACUUUAAACUAAACAGAGCAAUCCAUUUGGAGCGGUCUAUUGAUUCCUGCAGUAUUAGGUAGUGGUCAACAUCUCAGACGGUGCAAUAUUACUCUGCUGUUUGACGUUAAACAUAAUGACUAGUUUAAUGAGGAGCAUUAAUCCAGCUGUCCUAAUAUGCCGUUUCUGCUUUUUCUUUCCGUGUGUGGUUACCGUGCGUUUGUUGUGUCUGCCUUUCCUCUGACUCUUAAAAAUGAAAAAUAUUGUUUAAAAUAUUGUUUUUUGUCGCAUUCUUGUUAGAAGUUGUUGUCCUUGUAUAAACGGAGAGUAUUUAUUAAAGGUGACAAGUGUGAGUUAAACACAGUAAACUUCAAAGGUACGUUGCUUUUAUUUUGAAAUGAUGGUUUGUAUUUUAUAACAUUAACAAGUUGAUGUAACACAGAUGUGCCCCAGACUAAAUAAAGCUAUCUUUUACUGA